AUGUCUCCUCACAAGGUCGAGAACAAGGAGCAGGCCAAGUACCUGGCCAGCCUACCCGCCUCCAAUGUCGGCGCCCUCUGGACCGUCAUGGAGGCCAUGGUGCCCCCUCGCCCCGCGCCCAAGGCCGAGGUCGCUAGCUGGAAGUACAAAGAGCUGCGUCCCUUGCUCGAGGAGGCCGGCCGGCUCGUCAACGCCGAGGAGGCCGAGCGCCGCGUCCUCAUGCUCGUCAACCCCGCCAUGACGGCCCCCUACACCACCGACACCCUCUACGGCGGCCUGCAGCUCAUCCUGCCCGGCGAGACCGCCAUCGCCCACAGGCACACUGCUUUCGCCCUGCGCUUCAUCAUCGAGGGCGAGCGCGGCUUCACCGCCGUCGGCGGCAAGAAGGUCACCAUGCGGCGCGGAGACGUCAUCACCACGCCCAGCUGGCAGUGGCACGACCACGGCCACGAGGGCGAGGGCCCCAUGAUCUGGCUCGACGGGCUCGACCUGCCUCUGUAUCAGGCCUUCCCCACCAACUUUGCCGAGAUCUACAAGGAGCCCAGGUACCCCAGCGAACCGAGCGAGGAUGACAGUGACCUCCGCAUCGGCUGGGAGACGGCUCAGGCCGACCUCGACGCCCAGCCCGGCGUCCACGCCAUCUACCAUUACGGCAUCGGCGAGGGCGACUCCCGCCGACCCCUGUCCAAGACGGUCGGCGGCCAGGCCGAGCGCGUCGACGCCGGCGCCAAGUCGUCCCCCAUGCGCGAGACCUGCUCCUUCAUCUACCACUGCUACCAGGGCAAGGGCAAGACGACCCUCCGCCUGGCCAGCGGCGAGGAGAAGGUCGUCGAGUGGUCCCGCGGCGACUCGUUUGCCGUCCCCGCGUGGACGCAGAGGGUGCACGUCGCCGAGGAGGGCGAGACGGCGUACCUGUUUGCCGUCAACGACAAGCCGCUGCUGACGCAAUUGGGCAUGUACCGCAAGGAGUAA